UAAAUAUCUUCCUGUUUUCAGCUGAUUCUUACAAACUGUAUCUUAACAACUCUAAUUUAAUUAUUAUAGAUCAUUAAAUGGAUUUGGCACAAUCUGCCUCCUUAAUUCUUCACCCCACCCUAAUUGCUGCUAUGUUGAUGAAGAAUUGUGAAGAAAAGUAUUACUAAUGGAUUUAUUGCAGAACCAUUUUCCUAUAAAAUGUUUUUCUUUAUCUAGAUGUAGUAUUAGCAAAAUCCUAUAAUGCAAAAUCCAUCAUAGUUGAUCACUUCAAGGAGAAGUCGAUAAUUACUGAUUCAGCUGUGGAAGUCAGAACUGUGGUUCUUAGAAUGGCAUGGAAUUACUGACUGCUAAAUGUGUUUUUUAAAAAGAAACCUACCAUUUUAAAAUACAAGGUAUUGUUUUAGAGAAUACCGUUUCUGUCAGGAGAAGACUAAAGGAAAUACUGGGAAAAUUAAUCAUGUGACUGAGAAUUUGAGCUGCUUGUCAGAUGGUAUUUUCAAGCCAGCAGAAAUGGAACCGCUGAAUGGAACAGAUGGCCAGCCAGAAGAACAAAGCAAGACAGAAUCACCUCUGAAAAGUGUUGAAGUGUCUCCAUACCAUCGCUGGGCGACCUGGUGGAAUGGGAUGACAACAGGCGGAAAUCUAUAUCUCUUUAUCCUCUCACUGUUCUUGGUUUUCAUCUUUAUGUUUUGGUGUGGUGGAUGUGAGACAAUCCCAGCAAUUCAGGAUAUUUUGGCUGUCUUGUCCAACCUUGUUCAUCCCUCACAACUGUUGGACUCAAAUUCUAACAAGGAUGUUUGGAAACAGAAGCUCUUAAGCUACAGUCAACAUCAGAAUCUGAUCAGAGAUGAAGGCAUCACAGUGUCUUACCUCCUGCUGUCUCUGUUCUCCCUUGGCUUGCUACUCGUAGCAACAUUGGUUUGGCAUCUUGUGAAAGCUCCUCCAGAUCCCUCAUUUCCCCUCCAAGAGGACAGGCGACAGUCUGUAAGCCGUCAACCAUCGUUCACUUAUUCUGAGUGGACGGAAGAUAAAAACGAUGAUGACUUCCUUGAUUUAGAUCCUGUACCAGAGUCACCUGUUUUUGACUGUGUGAUGGAUAUAAAAGCAGAAACAGAUCCAGCAACUCUUACAGUUAAAUCUGUAGGGCUGCAGGAAAGGCGAGGUUCAAAUGUUUCGCUCACGUUGGACAUGUGUACUCCUGGCUGUACUGAACAAGGGUUUGGCUAUAUCAUGUCUCCCAGGGAAGAGUCAGCUCAAGAAUACCUCCAGGCAGCAUCAAACAUUCUCACAGAAGAGGAGCUGCACGAGAAAGCUUUAGAUUCUUUUGUUCUCCAGACGGAAUUUUUUGAAAUCCCAAUGAACUUUAUUGAUCCAAAGGAAUAUGACAUUCCAGGUUUAGUCCGAAAGAAUCGUUACAAAACAAUUCUCCCAAAUCCUCACAGCAGAGUGUGCCUUACCUCAGAUGAUGAAGAUGAUCCCCUCAGCUCUUACAUUAAUGCUAAUUACAUCAGGGGCUAUAGAGGAGAAGAAAAGGUGUACAUUGCUACUCAGGGACCCAUAGUUAAUACUGUCAGUGAUUUCUGGAGAAUGGUAUGGCAGGAGCAUUCUCCAAUCAUUGUCAUGAUUACCAAUAUAGAAGAGAUGAAUGAGAAAUGUACAGAAUACUGGCCAGAAGAGCAAAUUACCUAUGAAGGAAUUGAAAUUACAGUCAACAGAGUCAUACAAGCAGAUGAUUAUCGGUUAAGGCUUAUUACCCUAAAGAAUGGGGAAGAAACAAGAAAUCUGAAGCACUACUGGUAUACAUCUUGGCCAGACCAGAAGACCCCUGAUCAAGCACCACCCCUGCUCCAACUGGUCCAAGAAGUGGAAGAAGCCAUGCACCAUGCAGAAGAAAAGAAUGCUCCAAUUAUUGUUCAUUGCAGUGCAGGGAUUGGGAGAACAGGCUGUUUUAUUGCUACCAGCAUUUGCUGCAAACAGUGGAAAAAUGAGGGCAUGGUUGACAUACUCAGAACAACUUGCCAGCUACGGUUAGACAGGGGAGGAAUGAUCCAGACUAGUGAACAAUAUCAGUUUGUCCACCAUGUCAUGAGCUUGUAUGAAAAGCAAUUCGUUAGAGCAUCAGCAGAAGACUGAAGUUUCAGAACCAUUUAUUAUGAUAAAGACCAAGGGAACUCUGAUCAGAAUCACAUGUACGAUAGAGCUGAGAAGAUUUCAGAAUUUCAGAGCAAAGAUAUUUAUUUAUACAUAUAAAUAUAAAUAUAUAUAUAUAGUUUUACUUUCAUAUUGCUUUAUUUUGCAUUUGAGAAUUAAGAUACUGCUUUUCUUCAACAUGUGACAGGGUGUUAUCUUCACUUUAAAAUUAAAAAAAGGCCUGUUUAUACUGUAAAUAAAAUUGAUAGCUUCAUUUGUUCCAAAAAUUUAAAACAUCAUCGUCACUUUUGCUACUUAAAAAAAAUAAUCCAAACCCUUGCUACUAGAUCCAAAUACAAUGUGAAUCUCUUUGAUAGAUGUCUUGCUGAAGUCUGUAAUGUAUGUUUACUAAGCUUGAAAACUUAACUUUUCUGCCUUUUUUCUGAAUGAUUGUUUUUACAUUUUAAACUACCGGAUACUGUGUAUAUCAUAAAAUCUUCUGGGCCUCUGCAUUAAAGGAUUCAAGUGAAUUCAUACUGAAGAAAAAAACCAUGUUUUGUGCCUUGUGUACUUACUUGUUGAAAACACUCAGUCCUACAAAGUAUAGUGACUGUAGUGUCAUUGUAAAACAAAAACACAAAGUGAAGAUACCCAUCUUGGCUGCAAACAAAAAAAUCCAUAGAAGGCCAGUUGUUUUUUUUUAGGUUAACUGAAAAGCAGAAAAUAAAGAGCAAGUAUUUGAAAAGCAAGUAAAAACUCACGUACUUAAAGUUUUAAAAUGAUAUAUAGUAUCAGUUAGGUGCUAUGAUGGUUGCUGUUGGAAUAAAGAAAUGAGCAAACAAUUAAUGGAAAAUAUAGAAUCUAUUUGUAAUUUUUCCUUUUUGGUAUAACUUUCUUUUGAUGUUUUAAAAGGGGAAAUUAUUUGGAGUUUUCUGUUGCAGAGACUUAAUGGAUAAAAUUUACGG